UCGGCGCCCACCUUACCAUACGCGCCCGAUGCAGGGCCUCCUCCUCCUCCCCCUCCUACUCUUGAUACCCCAUUGCUCUGCCGUCUGGCCCUUCACACACGAGAGAUUCACGAAGAACUCGCUGAUCGACGCCGGCACGCGAGGCCUCUCCGGCGAUGAGCGCGUCAUAGCGUUUGGGGACUUUAAUGGGGACCAGUUACUAGACGUGCUGGCGAUUGAGGACGACCAGCAGACGCUGAAGGUAUACUUGUGGAACCAUGAGCAAUUCAUGUUCCAGCCCGCCACCACCUUUCACCACCCCUCGAAAGUAUACAAUGUCGUCCCCGGCGACUUCACGCACAACGGCAAGCUUGACCUUCUCGUCAUGAGCGAGGGAAGCAACUCGUAUACUAUGAACAUGCUUGUCUAUCCCGCCCUAUCGCAGGGCGGCUUCGACAUUGACCAUCCCAUUACGGUACCACCAUCCGGAAUGGUGCAGCCAAUACCCAUCGACAUCAACGGUGAUAUGCGCAUCGACCUACUGGGUGUAACGCCCUCGGUCAGCAACAUGUUCGCCGUUUGGAAUAAUACGUGGGACGAGGAGAAGAACACGGACUACAUGUUUGACGUUAUCGACCCUCCAUUCACCGGCAACCAAUGCCUCCUCUCCAACCCUCACAGCAACGCCGUCAUCGACCUGAACGGUGACUGUCUAGCGGACCUCUUCCUCGUCUGCGAUAAACCUCACGGAUACAAGAGCUACCAGAUCUGGGUCAACAACAAGGACGCCGGGUUCUCGCUCGCCGAUGAGGGGUGGCUGCCCUCUGGCGUGCAGAGUAUCUCGUUCGCGGACGUUGACCGCGACGGCACUAUCGACAUAAUCUUCCCCACCUGCGAGAAGGUCUCCGACAACGGCUUUGGCAGCAACUGUUACAUCAACAUCGCGUACAACCAGCAGCUUCCGCUUUGCGCGUCGUCGAGCCCGUCGGCGAAGCAGAGGAACUGCCGGACGCCGGAUGAGCUGUGCACGGCGGAUCCGAACUUCAAGUUCGAUCUGACGGCGGAGAGUAAGACCUUCGUCCGCUUCCCCUUCACCGACCUCUUUCGGACGCGCGCGUUGGUCGUGAGGGAUGCGACGUACGAUCCCGCGGUGCCCCUGUCGCUCAAGAUGGGCGACUUCAACCUGGACGGCUUCCCCGAUAUGCUACUCAUUGCCGCGGAGUCGAUGACCUUGACACCGUUCCUCAUCCAGUCGGUACCCUGCGAUAAGGGCGUGGCAGGGUGCGAGAAGGAUGGCUCGGGUCGCCGAGGCUGGCAGGUUGUCAAGAAGGACGUGGACGACCUCAAGGCUGUGAAGGACGCGCGGUCGGUGUCUUUCAUUGACAUGGAUGAGGAUGGCACGCUGGAUAUCAUGGUGCAACGCUCUGGACGUAGUGGGGCCGGGAAGAUCUUGUUCGUGCAGAACAACUUUUACUACGAUGCGUUCUUCAUGAAGGCGAUAGUGUUGAACGGCGCCUGCGAUAAUGGCUGGUGCUACACGUCCAAUGGGACGCGGUAUCAUCCGUUCGGCGUAAGCUACUCCGGCGCCACGUACAAGUACACCGUCCUCGACACCUCCGGAAGGCGGAGUGCUGCGCAAUUCGGCCAGCUCCCCCAAACCGGCUACCACAGCCUGCAAACACCCUACUCCUUCUUCGGGCUCGGGCGCACGAACAACUACAUCGAGAACCUGUUCGUGGGCGCGACGGUGCACGCGCCUGAGCACUUCAUCAACAUGGAGGGCGUGGUGCCGAACUCGAAGGUGGUGAUACACCCGUCGGCGAGGGAGGGGGAGGCGUGGAAGAGGGAGUUGUAUUUGAGGCCGGGGAAGUGGAUUCCGUGGGUCACCCUGACGGUCAUCAUCGGCACGGUGGUCAUGGCGGUGAUCGUACUUGUGUUGCACCUGAACGAGAAGCGGGAGGACGAGAUGGAGAGGCGGCGGAUCUCGCAUAGGAUCAACUUCGACGCUUUGUGAGGGAGGUGGCUCGCGAUCCUCCAGAGUAGGUUCAUGACGGCAUAUACUCACCUCAAGGACACUCGGAGACCUACAUGUACUUUAGUAAUGCAGUCUACUUAUUCGGACUUA